GCGCUCCGGGCGGGGGCGCGCUCGGGGCACUGGGCCUGUUAGCCACGCCCCUCACCCUAGGGUCCGUCACUGAGAGGUUGGGAAGGGUGGAGAAGUGCGCGGGAGCGAACCGGAGGUGCUGGAGGUGUUGGAGGUGCGUUGGGUAGAGCCACCCCCUCCCCUGCGGUCCAGGCACCGUUCACCAUGCGGGAGGUAGCGGCUCUGGGUGGGUGCGACGGCCACUGCGAGCCGAGCCCAAGGGCCAAGGACGCGCCAAAGACUUGCGAGUGUACCGGGGGCGCGCCUUCUAGUCUCCUGGGCCUGGCACCGAGCGGAAAUUCGGAAGUGACGGCCCAAGCCGGAUCGUGGAUCGGGGAAGAUUUCGCUACUUUCCCACUUCCUCUCCCGACGUCGGUCAGAACAAGGGAAGAGGGAAAAGGUGGGGGCUGACGCCCCAAGGCCGCCCUCGUGUUCUCUCCGAUGAAUGCUCUCGAGUGGAAGACUACGCGUUUGUUCACAUGGAGAAGGAAGCAGAUGCCAAAGCCGCCAUCGCGCAGCUCAACGGCAAAGAAGUGAAGGGCAAGCGCAUCAACGUGGAACUCUCAACCAAGGGUCAGAAGAAGGGGCCUGGCCUGGCUGUCCAGUCUGGGGACAAGACCAAGAAACCAGGGGCUGGGGAUACGGCAUUCCCUGGAACCGGUGGCUUCUCUGCCACCUUCGACUACCAGCAGGCUUUUGGCAACAGCACUGGUGGCUUUGAUGGGCAAGCCCGUCAGCCCACACCACCCUUCUUUGGUCGCGACCGCAGUCCCCUGCGCCGUUCACCUCCCCGAGCCUCUUAUGUGGCUCCACUGACGGCCCAGCCAGCCACCUACCGGGCCCAGCCCUCGGUGUCAUUGGGAGCUGCCUACAGGGCCCAGCCUUCUGCCUCUUUGGGUGUCGGUUAUCGGACUCAGCCCAUGACAGCCCAGGCAGCCUCUUACCGCGCUCAGCCCUCUGUCUCCCUUGGGGCCCCAUACAGGGGCCAGCUGGCUAGCCCUAGCUCCCAGUCUGCUGCAGCUUCCUCACUUGGCCCAUAUGGUGGAGCCCAGCCCUCAGCCUCGGCCCUCUCUUCCUAUGGGGGCCAGGCAGCUGCAGCUUCUUCGCUCAACUCCUAUGGGGCUCAGGGAUCCUCCCUUGCCUCCUAUGGUAAUCAGCCAUCCUCUUAUGGCGCCCAGGCUGCCUCUUCCUAUGGGGUUCGUGCAGCUGCUUCCUCCUACAACACCCAGGGAGCAGCUUCCUCCCUAGGCUCCUAUGGGGCUCAGGCAGCCUCCUAUGGGGCCCAGUCUGCAGCCUCCUCAUUAGCUUAUGGAGCCCAGGCAGCUUCUUAUAAUGCCCAGCCUUCAGCGUCUUACAAUGCUCAGUCUGCCCCAUAUGCUGCACAACAGGCUGCUUCCUACUCUUCUCAGCCUGCUGCUUAUGUGGCACAGCCAGCCACAGCUGCUGCCUAUGCUAGCCAGCCAGCUGCCUACGCUGCACAAGCCACUACCCCAAUGGCUGGCUCCUAUGGGGCUCAGCCGGUUGUCCAGACCCAGCUAAAUAGUUAUGGGGCUCAAGCUUCAAUGGGCCUCUCAGGCUCCUAUGGGGCUCAAUCGGCUGCUGCGGCCACUGGCUCUUAUGGUGCCGCAGCUGCCUAUGGGGCCCAGCCUUCUGCCACUCUGGCAGCUCCUUACCGCACUCAGUCGUCAGCCUCAUUGGCUGCUUCCUAUGCUGCCCAGCAGCAUCCUCAGGCUGCUGCCUCCUACCGUGGCCAGCCAGGCAAUGCCUAUGAUGGGGCAGGUCAGCCGUCUGCAGCCUACCUGUCCAUGUCCCAGGGGGCCGUUGCCAACGCCAACAGUACCCCGCCGCCCUAUGAGCGUACCCGCCUCUCCCCACCCCGAGCCAGCUACGACGAUCCCUACAAAAAGGCUGUCGCCAUGUCGAAAAGGUAUGGUUCCGACCGGCGUUUAGCCGAGCUCUCUGAUUACCGCCGUUUAUCAGAGUCGCAGCUUUCGUUCCGCCGCUCGCCGACAAAGUCCUCGCUGGAUUACCGUCGCCUGCCCGAUGCCCAUUCUGAUUACGCACGCUAUUCGGGCUCCUAUAAUGAUUACCUGCGGGCAGCUCAGAUGCACUCUGGCUACCAGCGCCGCAUGUAGGGCCAUCCUGGGGAUGGGGCACCACAGGGAGGGAGGGAGAGGAGAGGUAGGUAGGGUGCAGACCCGGGUCAUAACUACUCUGGCCCAUACCUCUCCUGGUUGCGGUUUUUCAUCCCCUCCCUCUGCCAUGUGGGCCUUCCCCAAGAGAUGAUCCUUUUGAGUGUUUGGCAGUAACCUACUUUGUUCCUUCGCCUCAGCAGUACAUCUUGCUACUGGCUUUAGAUCUGCGGUUUCCCCUGUGCCCUGCCUCCCAUCUCUUCAGAAUGGGAAUCUGUUUUUUUUCCCCCCUGGCUCCCUUUUAUUUUUGUGCGCGAUACUUAAGGUCAUCUGGAUGGGGAAGCAACCUGCAACAGAAGUCGGCGGCUCCUUUUUCUUUUUAGAUGUGAGGGAGGCCAGGAAAGGGUUAGCUUAACCGUUUCCUAUGCGCCAAGCUAUGCCAGGCCCCUGGCUGUCCCUCUCUUAGACUGUUGAGAGUGAGAUCCUAUUGGGACAGUCAGUUGGUAUGUGUCCAAAUCCCUGCUCACCACUGAUGUUUUAGCUGAUGGUGAGUGGCAGUCCCAAUUCCCCAUCUCCCUAAGUAGGUGGUGUUAGAAAACCUUAAUUUUUUUUCCCUUUUGUAUGGACUACAAAUAAAACUUGGGGCAAUUUGCAGUUUGGAAACCUGGUUGUCAUUGUCUUGAUUGCACUCAGUUUCAGAGAAGCCAGUUUGACAUCCAGGAGGACAUGACAGCUAAAGGGAAGACAGCCUUGAGAACCUAGGAUGGGUGUGGAAAGGGAUUUGAAGCUGGGGAUUAUAAUUGACUUCUCUGGUGCCCAAUGGGAUUUAGGUCAUUGGCAUCCUACUAGUAUGGAGAGUCCAGACCAAGUGAUUGGAUGUCCUUAGUGUUCUCCAUUUGAAUUGAUCACACCAAAAUACAGUGAAUAAUGCCCAUUUCCCGCUGCUUAUGUUAGACCGUUUUCCCUGAAUCUUCUCCAGUUCAGAAAUAACCUGGGCUCCAGCAGGGUGGUUCUGAGGUGUGGCUUUUUAGAAGAAGUGGGAAAUGGGCUGCUGUGGCAUUUAUGAGGCUAGUGGAUCCUUCAGGCAGUGGGCUCAAGUGAGUUCUGGGUCUGGGACCUGGAAAGGAGCCAUUUGUGGGUGGGGGUGAUGCCACUGUCUGGUACUUCCCUGUGGUUGCAAGAGGGGGCAGGGAAAAUUUGGAGCAGUUCUGGGGCAUUUGGGGUAGAGCCCUGGUACCUCACCUGUUGAACUUCACCAUGGAGCGUCCUUCCUGUGUCCUGCCAUCACAGCACCCGAGACUCCUUUCCUUUGUCCCCAUCUGUUAACAGUUUUCAGAUUGUAUAUUUGAAGGUGUGAUGACAGACUAUGGAAAUGGGUGGGGUGCAAGCAUAACCAAAUGGGGAUGCUGGGACUGGGUGGGAGUUGAGAUUCUUUUUUAUACUUUCAUUCUAGAGCUGGGGGUUGAGGACUGGGCAAAAAUAUGGCAGUUUCAACAAAGGACAAGAUGGAGGCUUGAACUUAAUAAUGAUGGGUGAAUAAAAGAUUGAUUAGAGUGAUAACAGGAAAACCUGAUGCUCCUUUGGGAAAGGAUACUUUGGAGAUGAUUUGGGAGCCUGGCAGGGAAAGGUGACUUUGGGGAUAUGUGUAUAUAUAUCAGUCAAAUACAAUCCGGAUGUGUUGUCUGCCUCCAUUGGCUUCAAGGGAACUUGCUGGCAGAGUAGUUUGCCCAAAGUCCUCUUCCUCUGACCAGUGUGAAAAAAGUUAUGGUCUUAAACAAUAAUCUCUUAUUUGUGGAUGCUAACUGGGGUAAUCUCAGGGAGGAUUGGGGCCAUAGCCCUUUUCUUUGCUUCCCUUUCUGCUCAUUGCUUUGCUUUCAAAGGUGCUUUGCUGCUCUGCUUCAUUUCUUUGCGUGACUGGGGAAGAAUGGGUAGAGGAGUUGAAUAGAUUUCUUGUUACUUUUCUAUGUGAUGGUGGAAUGAUCUGAAGGCCAAGUUAACAAGCUAAGCUUUGAUUAUUACCCUGGAAAAUUAAGGGUUGAUUGUAAAGCCAUGAUUGUGGCCUGUGUACUUUGCAAUAUUUCUUUCUUUGUGUGGCUUUCUGUAUUUUUCUUUCUCUCCAGUGAGGGUUCUGCCACUGCUUCAAUUUUAAGGUUCAUUAAAAAAAACAGUUUAAUGUGCUCUUGGGCCAGUGUUGAUGUUCUUUAUUGCAGUCCCAGCUCUUCAGAAUAACCUGGCCUAUUUGAUCAGUCUGCCUUCCUGUCGUCUAUAGGUUCUGACGUCCUUCCUGCCUCAGCCCUCAGAUUUCACAUUCAAGCCAGGAGUUACAAAGUUAAAUCAUUUUCAUUUUCUUUUCUUGCAGAUUGUUUUAAAGUCUCCUUAUUAAUUUAAAUUAUACCAUCUGUGUUGAUCCUGUAACUCACUCAUACUUUGCUUUUUGUCAAUUUCUGAUUUCCAAGGUCCUGUAUCUCGGGGAAAGCUGAGUUUACUGACUGGAAAGAUGAAUAUUUAGUAUGUGUUUUGGGGAGAUGGGCUGUCAGCCUAUCUUUGGGUCAUUCACCUUUACAUCUAUCACCUCUACAACCUGGCCGUCAUUGGAAGAGUUUUAGUUGGUUUAUUCCUUGAGCAAAAUCACAUAAAGGCUUCUGCCCUCAUCAGCCUGCUGUCUUCUGAGGUUUGGACCUUAUUUUAAAUUCUGUCUGGGGUGGACCUGGGGUCCUGUCUCUUGUACUAGAGGCAAUGGGACUAUCAUAAUCCACAUAGGCUACCUUCUCAGUCCAACCCUUCACUUAAGCUCCCUCUCUCUCUCAAAGUCCUUGCACAGUCUAUUGGUUCUCCAGGUGGUCUGUCCUGUCACACCAAGUCAGUGGACUGUAACAUGAAUAUUGGAGAAAUAAUACAGUAUUUUAACUAUGGCCAGGCAUGGUGGUACAUGCCUGUAAUCCCAGCACUUUAGA